AUGGGACGACACCUCCCUUACCCCUCGGACCACACCUCGAUUCCCCCUCCCCAUCACUCCCCUUCCCCUCUGGCCGCCUCUUCCCCUCCCCCAUGCUCUCACCUCCCUUUUGGUUGGGACGACACCUCCCCUCCCCCUCGGACAGCACCUCGAUUCCCCCUCCCCAUCACUCCCCUUCCCCUCUGGCAGCCUCUUCCCCUCCCCCAUGCUCUCACCUCCCUUUCGGUUGGGACGACACCUCCCUUCCCCUUCGGACAGCACCUUGAUUCCCCCUCCCCAUCACUCCCCUUCCCCUCUGGCUGCCUCGUCCCCUCCCCCAUGCUCUCACCUCCCUCUCGGUUGGGACGACACCUCCCUCUAUCCUCGGACAGCACCUGGAUUCCCCCUCUCCAUCACUCCCCUUCCCCUCUAGCCGCCUCUUCCCCUCCCCCAUGCUCUCACCUCCCUUUCGGUUGGGACGACACCUCCCUUCCCCCUCGGACCGCACCUCGAUUCCCCCUCCAUAUCACUCCCCUUCCCCUCUGGCCGCCUCUCCCCCUCUCCCAUGCUCUCUCCUCCCUCUCGCACCUUGAUUCCCCCUCCCCAUCACUCCCCUUCCCCUCUGACCGCCUCUUCCCCUCCCCCAUGCUCUCACCUCCCUUUCGGUUGGGACGACACCUCCCUUCCCCCUCGGACAGCACCUCGAUCCCCCCUUCCCACCUAUCCCCUUCCCCUCUGGCCGCCUCUUCCCCUCCCCCAUGCACUCUCCUCCCUUUCAGUUGGGACGACACCUCCCUUUGCCCUUAG